UGGUUACCUUGUUUGAACUGGAGAUCUGAAAAGGAAAAAAAAUCUAGUCGAUUCCUAUAAUUUGUAAAUAAGAAAAUCUAUAAUUUGUGAAAUAAACCACAUAAGUAUUUGUAGGAUUUUUUUUUAAAGACAUCUUUUUCAUUUGUACGUUUGCACUUGCCUUUCUGAUGGUCUUUCAUCUACUGUAUUUCAAUUGCAAUAGGGAUAUAAAGCACUUGGUUGAGCCUUAGGAAGGAAAGCAAUGAUUCUGUUGUACAAUAUCUAAAGAUUCCUUCCUCUUAGGAGACCAAGCAAGAAAAAAUUCUAAUCCAGGAAAAGGUGUGUAAAUUGUUGAGGGAUGUUUUUAGAGGUGAAAAAUUCACCCUUCUAACUUUAUCCCUGGUCAGAACACCUCUUUUAUCAAGAAUCCCUUCAUAUAUUUUAGAAUUUCUCUGUGCAAUAGUGACCCCUGCACAUUCAAUUUAGAGUAAGUUCCAAUGAAAACACACAGAAGAUUCAAUGCGUCCUUUGCAAUGUCCUUUUUUUUGUACAGAUUUUUUCUUUUUUGUUGUUGUUAGGGUUGAAAGUAUGCUUCUGUAUUGUUUCAUUUUGUUUUUGUUUUGUAUUACUUUUUAUGAUAAAACAAUAAAUAUUUUUUAAAAAUCAAUAUGUUGAUUUGAAAAUCAAAGAAUGUUCAACACAACUGUAAAUUACGAGGUGUGUAGAUGUGAACAAAGCUUUAUUUCCUCUUCUUAUAUCCAAUAUAGCAUCAUGACACAAACACAACAGUAUAUCCAUCAGAUAUGCAGAACAGUACAGUAAGAGAUGGAACAGUUUUUAAAUUACAUUACAAGUAAAUACUGUAAUGUAUGCAGAAUAAUACAGUAAGAGAUAACAGGAUUCUGGAAUGUAUUUUAGACUGAAUAAUGCCUGCUUGUCAACAUGGACAAACUUUUCUUGUAAAUUAGUUCAUAACACACAUAGGAUUAUAACCCUCUCCCCAAUAUACUAUUUAAAACAUUCCUAAACUUGGCAGUUAAGGGGUCCAAUCUGAUGUGUAACUUAGGAGGCUUCUGUCUUAAAGAUUGAAUUUCUUAAGAUAUCUGAAUUAACAAAUUGACCAUGAUGCAAAUAUGUAUUCAUUGCCACACAUCAUAAUGGUAACCACUAGAGGCUAAUUUAUAUAUAUCCCUGUUAUGCUGCAUGAACUUAGCAGGACAAUCCAUUGUAUUGCAUACAAGAGUUUUCUGGCAAUUCUGGCAGAUGCCUUGUCAGGAAAUACUAGGACAAAAUUUGCUUUGUUCGGUAUGCCAAAUCCUGAGAACUACUAUUCCUCCCCGCGGGCUAUCGCAUAGCCUGAACCCAGCAUUGUAUCAGACCUCGUCUAUAUUUAUUUAUAUAUAUAGCCUUAUUAGCACUCCCACGCAAACAUGAGUAACUGCAGCUUUCCUUGAGAGUCACCGUGAACUAGAUGAACGGGGAAUUACUUCUAGGAGUUAUCUUUUUUGCUGAAAUGCCAGUCGUUUGAUCCUUCACGCCGUGCACGUCAGCGCAAGUUCAAAAUCAAAACGGGAGGUAGAAAAGGCAAAUAAACCGGAAUUCCCGAUUCCCAAAGCCGGCAGGUAAAGGCCGAAAACAAACAGGGAUCGCCUUUCUGGAAAGUGAGCGCCGUUAGACUUACUUCCAAGUAAAGGCGCACGGAACAAAGCUGCACCCCUUUCCGAGAAAGCCUGGACGCGCCAAGCUGUCACCAAGGCUUAAGUUUGGGGGAUAUAGCAGAAAAAUCAAAAUAUUGGAUUUCGAUAUAUAUUAAUAAUAUAUAUAUUAAUAUAUAUAUUAAAUAGGGACAGGUUGCCGGUGCGCUCCCAUUUGCUGCGGACGCCGCGCUAUUUCUGGGUCAGAUCCUUUCUCUGCUGCCGCGGGAGAAACCCGAGAAUGGCGGGGAGAAAAACGGGGGCGUGGGGCUUCCUGGCGAAGGAGCCAGUGGAAAAACAGAGGGGCCAAGGCGGAGCAUUUGGGGAGGGGGACUCCCUCGCCGCCGAGGCUGGGCCUGGAAGCCGCCCGCCCGCCAGCCCCGCCGCUUCCCCUCCUCCUCCGGGUUCGGGGGGUCCCCGGGCUCAGCCCCCGAACGCCCCUCUCUUCCGUUCGCCAUGUCAUUUCCUGUGCUAAUAAGAUGGUGGUCACGGCCGGGAGGGAGGGAGCCGCCUCAGCUGCCGCCUCCUCCUCUGCCACCGCGCCCGGCCCGGCCCCGGGACCCGUCCUCGCCUGGGACUAGCGAGCCAGGCUGGACUGCCCGGGCCGGCGCCGCAGGGGGAGGAGGGGGAGGAAGAGGAGGAAGGCGACGACGGGGGUGGCAGAGCGGGUGGUCGCCAGGAAAGCUGGGCUGCCCCCGGACGACGAGCCAGGGCCCCGCAGUGCCGAGAACAUGACUGAAAAACUAAAGGAUUGCUUGGGAGAAAUGGUAACAAUCAAGACAGAACCAUGUUCUCCGUGCCAGGAAGAAGAAUAUGGACAGUUUGGUUUGUGAGUCGUGCCAGGAGUACUUUGUAGAUGAAUGUCCAAAUCAUGGCCCACCAAUGUUUGUGUCUGAUGCUCCAGUACCCAUUGGCAUCCCUGAACGAGCUGUGCUCACAAUCCCUCCUGGCAUGGAAGUGAUCAAAGAGCCAAAUGGGGAACGAGAUGUCCGCUGCGUAAGUGACGUUAUUCCCAAAGGUCGCAUCUUUGGACCAUAUGAAGGGAAGCUGUCUAGUCAGGACAAGUCAGCAGGAUUUUUCUCUUGGCUGAUUGUUGAUAAGAACAACCACUAUAAAUCCAUAGAUGGAACAGAUGAGACUACCUCAAACUGGAUGAGGUAUGUGGCCAUAUCUCGAGAGGAAAGAGAGCAGAACCUAAUGGCAUUUCAGCACAGUGAGAGGAUUUAUUUUCGGACUUGUCGGGACAUCCGGCCAGGGGAGAAACUGAGGGUCUGGUAUAGUGAAGAUUACAUGAAGCGGCUGCACAGUAUGUCUCAGGAGACAAUCAACCGAAACCUCACAAGAGGGGACAGAAGAUUACUAAGAGAAAAGGCAGAAAGAACUAUGGGAAGCCAAGAAGAUGUGAUCUAUCCCCUUGAGCUCACUAUAUCAAAACCAGGGAAGAGUCCCUACAAACGUAGCUUUGAAGAAGGGAUACCUCAACCCCAAACCAAGAAAAAGAAAAUAGACCUCAUCUUCAAAGAUGUCCUAGAGGCUUCUCUGGAGUCAACUAAGGUAGAAGAUCGUAAGUUCACCAAAAAUUCUAGCCCUUCCACUCGAAAAUCCUUGAGAUUCCAAGUUCAAGAUGUCUCAGAAACUUGUGGGACUAGUGUUCAAGACAGUUCUCCUAAUCACAGUAGACACAGAAAUGAGGGUGAGUGGAAGGUCUCUCACGGUUCUUCCUUUACCAUGUCCAAAGAAAUUGGCUUGCUGGAAGAGGAAGGUGAAGAACCUUUGUCAUUUAAAGUGAACAGUCUCACUGAUUUGUCUCUGGUGUCAAGUCAAGAUGAUGCUCUCGAAAUCCCAACAACUUCCUUGUGUCCCAACUGCAUACGGCUGAAAAAAAAGAUUCGGGAAUUGCAGGCUGAGCUAAAUCUGCUAAGAUCUGGCAAGUUAGCUGAGCCAUCUCUACUACCUCCUCAGGUACCUGAGUAUCAAGCAUUUUCAUAUCCCACUGCUUCAGAAAGCAUCAUGUCUGUUCCUACCAUAAUGGAAGAUGAUGAUCAGGAAGUAGAUUCAGCAGAUGAAUCUGUUUCCAAUGACAUAAUAACAGCCACAGAUGAGCCCUCCAAAAUGUCUGCUGUCACCAGAAGGAUUCGGCGCUUCAAGCAAGAGUGGCUAAAAAAAUUUUGGUUUCUAAGGUACUCUCCGACAUUGAAUGAAAUGUGGUGUCAUGUCUGUCGGCAGUACACAGUACAGUCUUCUCGAACUUCAGCCUUCAUCAUUGGCUCAAAGCAAUUCAAGAUCCACACUAUAAAACUUCAUAGCCAGAGUAAUCUCCACAAGAAGUGCCUGCAGCUCUACCGGCUCAGGAUGCACCCAGAGAAGACAGAAGAGAUGUGUCGAAAUAUGACUUUAUUGUUCAAUACAGCCUAUCAUUUAGCUAUGGAAGGCCGGCCGUAUUGUGACUUUCGACCUCUUUCAGAACUACUGAGAAAGUGCGAACUCAAAGUGGUGGAUCAGUACAUGAAUGAGGGAGACUGUCAAAUCUUAAUCCACCAUAUUGCUAGAGCUCUUAGAGAAGACCUCAUUGAACGAGUGAGGCAGUCUCCUUUCCUCAGCAUCAUUUUAGAUGGGCAGAGUGAUGAUUUACUUGCUGAUACUGUUGCAGUUUAUGUACAGUAUGUCAGCAGCGAUGGACCUCCUGCCACGGAAUUCCUUUCUCUCCAAGAACUGGGAUUUUCUACAACAGAUAGUUAUGUUCAAGCAUUAGAUCGAGCUUUUUCAUCUCUGGGAAUCAGGCUGCAAGAUGAAAAACCAAGCGUUGGUUUGGGAAUAGAUGGUGCUAACAUCACUGCCAGUCUAAGAGCUAACAUAUACAUGACAAUCAGGAAAACUCUACCUUGGUUGCUCUGCUUACCUCUAAUGGUAUACAAGCCACACUUGGAAAUAUUGGAUGCAAUUAGUGGAAAAGAACUACCCUGCCUUGAGGAGCUAGAGAACAACCUGAAGCAGUUACUCAGCUUUUACCGUUAUUCCCCCAGGCUGAUGUGUGAGCUAAGGGUCACUGCUGCUACUCUCUGUGAAGAGACUGAGUUCUUGGGAGAUAUUCGAGCAAUCAGAUGGAUCAUUGGGGAACAAAAUGUCCUCAAUGCUCUCAUCAAGGACUACCUGGAAGUAGUGGCCCAUCUGAAAGAUGUCAGUGGCCAAACACAAAGAGCAGAUGCUUCUGCUAUUGCCUUGGCUCUCUUGCAAUUUCUUAUGGACUAUCAAUCCAUUAAGUUGAUAUAUUUUUUGCUUGAUGUCAUUGCGGUCCUUUCACGACUUGCCUUCAUUUUUCAAGGUGAAUACCUCCUUAUCUCCCAAGUGGAUGAUAAAAUAGAGGAGGCCAUCCAAGAAAUUAGUAGACUGGCAGACUCUCCUGGGGAAUAUCUACAGGAAUUUGAGGAGAACUUCCGUGAAAGCUUUAAUGGCGUUGCUGUGAAAAACCUACGGGUGGCUGAAGCCAAAUUCCAGUCAAUUCGAGAAAAAAUAUGCCAGAAGACCCAAGUGAUUCUGGCUCAAAGGUUUGAACUUCGCAGUCGGGCAUUUGUGAAAGCCUGCCAGGUUUUUGAUCUUGCAGCUUGGCCCAGAAGUGCAGAAGAGCUUAUGACCUAUGGCAGGGAAGAUAUGAUGCAAAUAUUUGAACAUCUGGAGGCAGUGCCAUCUUUUUGCACAGAAAUCAGCAGAGAAGGCAUAGACACCAGAGGGAGUUUGCUCAUGGAAUGGCGAGAACUCAAGGUGGAUUAUUAUACCAAAAAUGGCUUUAAAGAUUUAAUCAGUCAUAUUUGUAAAUAUAGACAGAGAUUUCCUCUUUUAAAUAAAAUAAUCCAGAUCCUCAAAGUCCUUCCCACUUCCACAGCAUGCUGCGAAAAGGGAAGAAAUGCUCUUCAGAGAGUGCGCAAAAACAAUCGUUCCCGACUUACUCUGGAACAACUCAGCGAUCUUUUGACAAUUGCUGUAAAUGGACCACCUAUUUCCAACUUUGAAGCCAAACGGGCCCUAGACAGUUGGUUUGAGGAGAAAUCUAGCAAUAGUUACGCACUGUCUGCAGAAAUGUUAAGCAGGAUGUCCACCCUGGAUCAGAAACCUGUGCUGCAAAGCAUGGACCAUGGGUCGGAAUUUUAUCCUGAUAUUUAGCAAGGAAUGCCUCUUGUUUAGAGAGCUGGUGAUUUUUUUUUUUAAAUCGAUACUCUAAGCUUUGGUAUAUUACACAUACACCCACGCACACACAGAUGCACAUGUAUGAUGUAAACUCACACUGAAAAUGUAAGCGGAUCUGAUGGAAGCUAAGAGGAAUACAGCAACAUUUAAUAUGUACUGACAUCUUCAACUGUGGCAGCUGCAAUGUAGGUGGCAACCAUUCAUUUUUCAGAAACAUGUACUGGGCCAUAGUCUGCAUUAUCAACCUGACUCAAUUUAUAAGCUAGACAUGGCAAGCCAAUGUCAUCUACGUCUCUUUAUGCUUUUAUGUGUAUGUCUGGUUUUUUUUUACCUCUCUGGUAUUUUCCUUUUGUUAGUCAGCUAUUGAGCCAUUUUAGCCCUUUGCUUAUCAUCAUUGGGAUUUCUGAGCCCUGCGUACACAUCUUGGAAUUUGUUUCUAGCUUCUCCAGGUCAUCUAGGUUAGAUUGGAUCCUUCUGGUAAUCUGGUUAAUUUUCAUGCUAUUGUCAAUUAGCUAGAAUAAUUUUUUUUUAGCAUGACACAUCAAUGGGCGGUUCCGGUGUUAGGCAAAAUGUCCUGUGAAAACUCUACUAACAAGCUCAUAUAUCUUCGUACAAUAUUGAUAGCAUGUUCCUGUGAAAAAUAGCAUAAUUCAGAUUAGGGAAAUGGGGGAUGUUUUUGCAUUUAUAUUUUUAUAUAGUGGGGAUAAGAAAAUUAAUUACAAUUCUUUACUGAAAACCCAGGCUGCUGUGGAAGCUAGAUAGCCAAUGAGUCAAAUCCUUUAAGAGGAUAUAGACUCCAGGGCUUAAAAAUAUACAUAUGCUAAUUUUAUGUUAUUUAUACUUGGUCUUUAUAAUCAGAAAUUGAUUGUGUUUUCUGUUUGUUUGUUUUUAAUAAGUGAAAGAAAUACCUGCCGUCUUUGUGCGGCAGGAUAUAUCAAUGCAAAAUCCAUCUUUAUGGCUUAACAAAUCUCAAGGUCCUUUGCCUGGUUCACAUAUCCUUCUUUUAUUAACAUUUAAAGUUCCAAUAAGUGGCUAAAAGAAAAACAGAAUAUUGUGCAUAUAUCUGUGAACUUCUUUCGAAGAGUGCAUAGUCUAAUAGAUAUGUGGGCCAUGAGAUUGGGAGAUCCGUGCAUUCUGAAGAACAUUUUUUUUUAGCUUAAUAAAAAAGGAUUGUUUAGGUUAAACAAGCCUAAACCAGCCUCCACAUUUGUUUGUGCCAUACCCUUCUGGUGUAUCAUAAAGCAGUAUUGGGAGGUUUUGGCUGAACUAGAUGCUCACAGGAAUAAAUAAAAAUAAUUUUGGCUGGAGAAUUUACUAGGGUAGCAUGUUUCCAGAGGGACUAAACUCAUGCCAGUUUGCAUUUUUUUUCUUUUUAAAUACAGUAAAAUAAUGUCAGUUACACUGAACCUAUCCAUUUUCCUUCCCUCCAUUCCCAUUUUCUCCAUCUUCUUCCGGUUAGUCUUGGUGCUAAAUUUCUCUGGAACCAUUGCUGCUAGUAGGUAGUUUUUCAUUUAUCUAAUGGUAUAUUGCAUUAUUUUUAAACAGUAUGUUUUCAGUGAUAAUGUAGCAUGUGGUUAAAACAGUCUUUCUCAGGACAUAUCUACACCCGCAUCUUUUCCAGUAUCGUUUUUGUUUGUUCAAUUUUAACUCGUCUUUUGUUAUUCAUUGUUCCAGUAAUCAUCCUGGCUUAAUUUUUAUAAGUACAUUAUCAUUAUUUGCCAGACUUUAAGUUUUUUUUUAAAUAAUAAUAAUAAUAAUAAUGUUGACAUAGGGUAUAAAAGAAGAGGGCAUAAUACCUCCUAGGAUUUGCAAAUCAGCUGUAGUUUUCAGGAAAACUUGUCCAGGCCAUCCCCAGGCAGAAGAGGGAAAAAUAUCUGAGGUCUUUAUAAUAAAUGCACAACAUUAGUAUAAGACUUAAAAAAAAAAAAGGAAAUAAAGGAGUGGGGAUGGCAGGUAGAAAUUGGGAUUUGGAAUGGAACAAUCCUUUGUCCAAUCUAACUUCAAAAAAGUUACCCCUUUGCUAAGAUGGUUACCAACCUCAGUCUGGGAGAAAGACACAGGAAGUGAAGGACGAAUUGAAUCAGUCACAAACAGGAAAGGCCAUGGAGUUCAACAGAUGGGUAUCCACCUUUAGUCACUUCCCCUGCCAAAGGCUCAUGCGCUGCCUUCUCAUUCUAUGCACUCUUUUCUUUCUGCAUAACAGUGAAGCAACAUAAACUUGUCCCUGGUUCAUUAGUUAAUUUGCAGGUGACAUUUUAUAUUGGAUUUCAGUGGUUCCCUUUCUCCAAUGUUAUGUAUUGGGUGAUAACAAAUACUGAAAUUGAUAAAAUAAUGAAAUAUCAAAGCCACGGGGCUUUGACCACUUGAUUGUAUUCAUGAACAUUAGUAAUAUCAAUGGAGCUACAAUAAUAUAUAUAUAUAUAUAUAUAUAUAUAUAUAUAUAUAUAUAUAUAUAUAUGAUUUUUCUAAGCAUUGGGACAACACAUGGUUCAGAAAGCAUUUUGCUAAGACCAAAAGUGCUUAUAUGUACAGGCAAUAAGAGAAAAGCCUGUAUUCCAUGGUUCAUACCAUUAAGAAAACCAUUCACCCUGGUUGUCCGAAAGGUGCUUUCCAAAAGUCCAAUUGGACUUUUUUUAGUUUUUUCCUUGAAAACAUUUCACUUCUUGGAUGAGAAGUAUUGGGACAACCAUGACCUGGAUGAUUGAGAAUCUCCAUAGACAUUCACCCUGGUAUCUUCAGUUAUAUUUACUCCAAUUGAACUAUUGCCACUUAUUGAAACAAAAUACUUCUUGUUGGAUGAUUUUUACUUUUACUGUUGUCAAAGUUUUAACCUCUGGCCCAUUUACCUCAUGCAGUUGGUUUAAAAAAAAUCUUUUGAUGCUGAUUUGUGGAAAGAAUUAAUAUAAGAGAACCUUUCAAGCAAGUGAAACUAUGUUGACAAUUUCCAGGAUUUAGAAGAGAAUUUGUGCUUUGCAGCACUUCUUCCCUUUGUGUGCCUGUGUUAUAAUAGCAUGAAUAUAUUAAAUAGAGUGAAUCCAACCUAUGAUUUACAUAGAUGCAGAAAUUUUUAACACAGAAAGUAUAAUACAGUUUUUUAAACAUUAAAGAUUAAACUUCCUGUCAUCCUGAACCAAGAACAUUUUUUUAGAAUAAGGUCCUUUAAAAUUUCCUCUAUGAAAGUCACGAGUCUCUUUUUGUAAUGCCCAUGUGUUCUUUGGGAUAAUUUCCCUUCUUUACAGUAAUUGUUACUUAUCUUGCCUCAUUAAUAGGAAAGUGAAGAUACUCAUACUUGUGUUCUGAUUUUGUGCAAGAGACACAAAAUUCAAUUAUCUCUAGGCUAUGUAGAGAUGGUUCUGUGUCUAAAUAGACAGUAAAAUGAAAGUUUGCAAUACUAUAUCAGAGUGCUAAGAAUAGAAAAAAAAAACAUUUGUGCAUGGUUUUUUUUUAAACCUUCCUUGCUAAAAACCAUAGAAAUUUAAAUUUAAAAUUUAGGCUAUGCUGUAACUAAAUCAGAAUAUGAUCCAAAUAGCAUUUUAACAUGAUCUCUUCUCGGCUCUAGUAAAAAGAUUAUCAUGCACUUAAUUCAGACUUAUUAAAAUAAAUGAUGCUUAACUUUGGCUGCAUCUUACAGAUGCUUUCUAACAUUGCAAUAUUUUAAAGUUACUUCCUGUUCAUAUAUAAUUAGUUAAUAUAAUGCGUGGUCAAAAAUGGGGUUAUCUUAUAUUUUUCUUUUGGGUUAUACUGGUACUUUUUAUGUUACAAAAAGGGUUUCCAUAGCUGGGCUCAGGAAUUGUCAGUUUCUUUUAUAUUCAAAGUCCAGGUUCUUAGCGUUUGGAGAAAUUGUAUGCAGUGUUCCAUUUCUGAUGUUGUGUUACUUCCAAAAUGUAACGAUAAGUAUGACAGCAUUAUUAAAUUUCUAUACGCCUGUUGAUAUCAGGUGAAUGAUUGCUAAUUAUUUUGGCUAAUUAAGUUGAUAAAAAAUUUCCUAAAAUAAAAUAAUGGUUCAAUUGCAAUUAAUUCUAUCUAAAUCUACUAUAAGAUUUAGUAGAUGCACCAAAAUAAAGGAUUCCUUUUUUGUCAUAUUAUAAUUGAAAGUAUAAUUAUUUGGCAAAUGUUCUAGUGGAGAAGGAUAAUAUAAGGGAUUAUUGAUUUGUGUGGUGAAACGUGAUAUAAGGAAGUAAUAAUUUAUCUUUAACCCUAGAUGAUAUAAAAAAACCCUCUAUUUAGAAUUAUUGGGGAGGUGGGAGCAAGGGGGUUUUCAGUAUUAUCUUUUCAUUAAAAAGUGAACCAUACUAUUAUAAAAAUGUGUAUGGUCAUAUUCUCAAAUACAAGCUGAAAUAAAUUGAAGUGAGAAAAAAGGACACUAGAGGGCAUCCACAGUUAAUAUAUUGGUCCUUGUCUAUUGCAACUGCUUUACCUAUUGAUUACAAAAACUACAGUUAGUGUUAUUAAAAGUACUUUUUUUUUUAGUUUUUUCCCCUGUAAUGAGGAGAUAAAGGGGUCAAGCUCAGAAGAUCUAGUUCUGAAAUCUAAAUAGACUAAUAACCUCUUUCAUUUAGGCAAGGAACUACUUUUGUGAGGGUGUGAUCUUUACAUGGUGAAAAGGAUCAGUGUGUAAUGAACUAUUUGUAAUCUACUUAGUGCCUGUGACUAUCUUGACAAGGUCUGGUUUCAGAUUUUGCAAUUAUCAGUCAACUCAGGCUUUUACAGGUGUGAUUCCAUUUGGCACAAGCAUAUUAAACACACAUUGAUUUGACGCUAAAUCCAACCCGGUAGCGUAUAAAAUCUCUAUAACCAUCAAGCCUGGCACAGCACUAAUUAUAAAAAUGAAUCCAGGCAACAAACUUUCUUCCAAUUUUAGCAAAAGCACAAUGAACAUACAUGCAUGGGUGAUGUGAGCUUAUACUCUAAAGAGAGAUGAUUCUGCCAUCCUGACUUUUGUACUGAAGUGCCUGUUUCUUGCACUUGAGACCAUAGCACAUAUGUGCCCAUAACAAAGUAUUUCAGGUUAUACAGUAUUUCUACUACUAUUUCUACUACUACUGUUUCUCCUAGUAAGUUACUGCCAAACUUGCAUAGCAGAGUGAAAAGGCUCAGUUAGAAUCCUUCCUCAAUUUAAUAAAAUUCCUCUUAAGCACUAGAAAUCUGUUCCAUAGCCAUCAUAUCUCACUGCACUAAAAUCUAUGCAAUUCUUAUCACUCCUUGCAGGCAAGUAAAAUGUAUAUGCAUGAAACUUGGUAUAUGUCUACACUUCCAAUUUGUGUGAGGUGCAAUCUAAAUAUAUUAUAUUGGUGGGACCUGAGCUUUGAAGAUGCUCUUCUUCUGAGUGGAAAUUCAGCACACUCUUUUCCCUCCUAGAUUGCACUCAUUGGCCAUGCUCCGGAUAGUCAAGCACUUUAACACUGUAUUGAUCUCAGUGGAAAUUUUAAGAAUAAGUCUUACAAUUAUUUGGUUCCCCCCCCCCACUGAAAUCAAUUAAAUAAAAGAAUUCAACUUUAGCUAGAUUACGGCGAUACUCUAUAAGGCUUAUCCAUUGUAACAAUCAGUGUAAGAAACAAACUCACAUGCUUAUAUAUCACUAUAUAAAUAUUCUUUCUCAUUCAUAUGCACACACGUGCAUAUCAAUGAGAAGAGUUUGUGUGUGUUUGUGGAAGUACAUAAAAACAAAUUUUAAGAGAGAGAAGCAACUGCUCUAUCAUAAACUGAGGUCCUGAGUUUAUGUGAGGAAUACAGCACUGAUUAUCACUGUUCUCGGUCUUAGCAUAUCUAUAUUUGUUUAUAGUCUUAUUUUGGGGGCCUGUUUCUCUUGGGAUAACUAUUGAUUAGAAAACAUUGCUAUGGCCAAGAAAGGGAUUUUUUUUUUUUUUUACUAGCAUAGUUGAUAAUAUGCUAAAGUUCAUAUAACAGUAUUGGGACCAUCUUAUAAUGAAUGAAAAUGAACCUUACCUCUCCUUGUUAUAUAGAGUGUACUUACCGGUACCUAUGUUCUCACUUUGGCAAAUAUAUAUAUUUGAUUGAUUUGUGCACUUUCCCCUCUGCUUACCUUGACUUAAUGAGUGCAAACUGCAGGUUAUUGCUCCCUAGUUGAUAAAGCAUGAUUGUUCAUUAAAUUUGAAAUAUGAUCCUUGGAUUUAUCAUGCCAAGCCAAAUUACAUUGAUUUCAGUGGUACAUGCUCAGGCAACUUAGGACAAGAACACAGCAUUUGUUACCCAAGGACAAGAGAAGGGUAAGAACUGUAUGGAGAAGGGAUAUAGCAUGAAACAAAAGCUUAAGUAGAAAGGCAGGGAAUAAAUAGAUAAAUAAAGCUCUUGAAUGGAAGGGUGAAUUGGGAGCGUGUGUGAGAUGGGCACAUACUAUCUUGAUGAGGCACUGAAGAAGAGCCACUUUGCUUCAGAAAGAUUAGUUUCUGCACAUAGGGUACACCGGCACAGAAGGUGUUCCGCAUUGAACCAAGUGGCAUGGUAGCACUUAGAAGUGGAGGACCAUUUCUCUUUGUAAAAGUGUUUCAUUUAAACUUUGAAGCAAAGUACCUCUUUGGGGCUUUGCGUGGCUCUAUAAAAUAAGCAAAUAUAUUUAGCUGAGGAGUCAUGCUAAAGGUCUUCCCAGUACAGGCGAUUGCAUUACUGUUCCUCAGCUACCUACUUCUAUUCUUUUGGGUUAUUUUUCAAAGCGCAGCUAAUUUCUCACUGUUUAUUGAGCAAACUCAGUUGAUCAUUUAAAUGGUUUUCAGGAUGGUCAGUAGGCAUGGGUCAUCAGACAGAGAAUACUGUAUCCUGAACACUGUAUUAAUUUAGUAAUGUUGGCUUAAGGCAUUAUGAUUGAACCACUCCAGUAACAUAAUGUUAAUAUGACUAUAUUCUUUUUAGUAUGAAUGGGAAAUAUGGGCGGGGGGAUGUUGGCAGAGGUAUGCCAUAGUUUUCUUCAUUAAUGUUUGUGAAAUAUAUGCUCAGAGCUUUAUGAGCUACAUAUCCUCUUUUCUUUGCUCAAACAUGAACAAAGCCAUUUGGAUUUUUGCAGCUGAAAAUCCAUUUCUGCUGAUAAGGCAGGUAUCCUAAGCAUUAGUGAUGUUCCUAGACUCAGUUGCCACAUUGAAAGAAUGGGGGGAAUUUAAGAUUUGGACUUCCAAUCGUUACUGGCACUAUAUAUUAUCUUAUGCAAGUUUUAUUAGUAGCAUUAUUAGUAUUAUUAUUACUAGGGUCUGGAAGGGAGAAUGUGGGAAUCGUUUUUUUCUCCACCAUGUGACUGCUUGCACUGGCGUUACGCAGCUUUGUUGUUGAGCGAGCUUGUGCUGAACACAUCUGCUGAUAAAGUUUUGUUACCUUCUUGUACUAUGCCACACAACUCUGGAAACUCACCUCAGUUACAAACCUGGCUGACCUGAAACUCCUGAAGUUUCAGAACUGUAAGCCCUUACAGGAAUGGCUACCUAAAAUCUUUUCCUCAGGACUGAAUCUCAUGGAUAGUUAUAUUCUCAUGGCUACUGGACUUUCUUCCAGCCCAUGUGCUGCCAACAAAGCACCCUCACUCUACACCAAAAUCUCUCUACACCGCACCUCUUCCCAGCUGACUCAAGAGAGGUGCAUCACCCAAACGAUUGACUGUUAUGGAAGUGCAACAAGGAGGUCUGCCAGAUCUCUCUCUUGCAGGCAUUCUCACACAAUUCACUUUACAGAUACAAGGGGGGGGGUGCCUCAGACCUCCUCCUAUUUGCCUUUGUCCCUCUUCCCCUCACAGACUCAAUUCCAAACUGCUUGAUCAUGCACAUGUAUAAAUGAUGGGAGGGGGAGAAACAAUCUAGAAAUCUAUUACGUAUGUAUUAAAAAUGUUAAUAUCACACCUUUUCUGACAAUGUUUUAAAAAAUGUCAUUACUUUGCAGACUAUGCUUUAUAGUACCUGUGUGAGAGGGGCUAGGACACUGGAUACGACUAGAGCUAUGUUGAUAUAUAAUAGUAUGUACACGAGAACUUUCGUUUUGUCAUACAUUAUAAUUGUAAUGUAAUAUGAUUAAUUAAAAACACUUCAGUUUAUUAAAGUGAGUCAGUAUAUCUUUA